CUUUUCUUUUUUGUCAAUUUUCCUUGAAGAUUCAUAAAUAGAUCGGAUUUCUUUUUCCUUUGUUGCCAUCAGUAUAGUCGUCAGUAUAAUCGCUCGAGAGUCGAUACUAUCCACCAUGCACCGAGAUCAUGUUGGUCAAUAUGAUUCAGCAUAAUUUCAUAUUGUUUGUCUUUUCAUGCCUUGAUGAGCCGGCAAGAGCUGUGCCCCUGUAGCAACAAUUUUGCGUUUACAAUUCAUAGAGCCGUUGAAUUGGAAAUAAAUUAGAGUCCAAUACCUCGAUGCCAAGGACUGAUACAACCAGUCCCAUUGUAAAUAGACGAUCUUUCAUCCCCUUAUGUAGAAUCGCCGACCUUUGCGUGCUCAAUGAUCUACACUUUGCCGUUCCGGCUAAUUCAUCCUUUUGCCUUGGCUAUCUUCAUCCUCAUAUCUCAUCCGGAGACGCUGUAGAAUACUUGGAUGUAGCAAGCUGUUAACAUCAGAUACCAUGACUACUUACAAAGGAUGUUUACUCGUGAAAAUGAUGCACUGCUCGCCUAUCCUGCUCGGUCCGAGCCUUCCCAAUAUCCAUCAAUCCCUUUCGCAAGCACCACCACUACCUUCUGUAAGACGCGGCUAUGAGGUAUUAUAUGCUGGCUCUAGCCCUCUGGCUGGGGAAACCUGCCGCCGAGCCUCGGCCAAGCGAGACACCGGACUGGCUUAAGAACUACAACUUCAACCCUCCCGGGGAAUGCAAUUCCCACCCCGCGGGCCCGUUGAACCCUCGGCACGCGGAUCGCACGUGCCCGCUCCUCGUCGACGACGAUAUCGCGCUGGAAAGGCGCGGGUGGCUGCCGUGGACGUACCCUCCUGUGUGCGCGGAGCCGGAGAAAGAGGGCGGCGCCAAGCUGUGCGUGUUCACUUACGUUAGUCUCAGAGGCGAGGCGGGGAUCAGCCUCAUCACCACGCCGGAGAUUGCCGCCGCCGGCGCCGGCAUUCUCGGGGACCCGGAUCCGAUGUGGGAGAAUUGGGCGAGGGGCCGUCCGCUCGUCGUGUCGGAUCCGCCUCCGUACGAGGUCAGGGAUCUGAAGGACAAGGGCAUGGGAGUUAUUGCGAACCGCACGAUCCGCAAGGACGAGGUCGUCAUGCUGAGGUAUCCCGUUAUCGUUCGGGUCAUAGAUUCCAGGCCGUGGAAGACUCAGGACGUGAUGAAAUUGCUUCAUCGAGCGGCUGUUCAGUUACCCCCCAAGGAGGGGAAGCAGAUGUUGCAGCUGGCCCGUUCGAAAGGAGGCUAUAUUCUUGAUGAUAUCGUUAAUACGAAUGCCUUUGGCGUGCUGCUAGAUGGCGCGGAUCAUUCGGGGUUGUACCUUGACGUAUCGAGAAUAAAUCAUGCUUGUAAACCCAACAUGUAUAGCCGGUUCUCACCCACUACACUAGGAAUGGAGGUCGCAGCGUAUCGGGACAUCGAGCCAGGCGAAGAACUCACAUUUAGCUACCUGCCGUUGAAUCUCUUGUCGGAGCAACGCCAGUCCCUUAUCAAGGAAUGGGGGUUCAACUGUACAUGUUCGCUGUGCACUUCCCCGGAAGCCACCGUAGUUUCGGACCGCCACCGGGGCCGGAUACAAGAGCUACUGGCGGAACUUGAUCGCCCGGAGAUACGGAACCACGCGGCUGUCAGCAAGAGAGUCGACGAGAUACUGGACCUGUGCGAGAAAGAGUCGCUCGCGGCCCAGAUCGGCGACUUCUACACCAUUAUCUCCGGAGUGUACUCUAGCAUGGGCGACGUGGACUUGGCGAGGAAAUAUGCCAAAUUGGCUGUUCAAGAGCUAAGGCAUUAUGCUGGGUAUGAUCAUGAGCGGACUAGGAGUGCUGCUGCGUUCUUGGAAUCUUUAGAUGAGCAGGGACUUGCGUAGGGAACAGCUAGAAAGUUGAACGUGGGUAUUAGAGGUACAUACCCAAAUCAAGGAAGGCUAGGACUAGACUAAACUAGAUUAAUAUGAGAAUCCAUCUAUCGUGCUAGGUUCCAGUUUGUGUAGA